UCUUUCAAAGAAAGUAGGCAAUGAAAAGUGCGCGCCGCCGGCGAUGAGAGAAAGUCAACCUGUGGAAGGGGAGCAGCACUCGACACACGCAAGUGCGGUGGCGGCCACGGUCGUCCCACGCGUGCCACUAUUAUGUGACUGCUGCCACGAAGAAGUAGAAGACAAAUAUUUUCGACCCCGCUGCUGCCAUGUUGUCUUUCCGCAUUGUUGUUGUUUUUGCGGCGGCGACCUGUUGGUGUCACCUCAUGGUGCCCCUCCUGCUCGUGUGCUACCUGCCCCACGUCCACGCCAGCCACAACAAGCCGGCCAACAGGUGGCUGAUUGGCGACAGAGACAACCACUGCGGCUUGGCGUGCACGCGACCGCAGGCCAAGCCGGUCUGCGGCUCGGAUGGACGGAGCUACGACAACGGAUGCGAGCUGCAGAGAGCGCGCUGCAAAGACAAGACGCUGACGCUGGAGCACCGCGGCCGCUGUCGAGGAAAAAACUGGGUGAAAGUUGAGCAGUCAGCGGUGGCGCUUUCACCUACGCCGCCAUCUGUGGGCAGACACGCUUUGCAAACAGAUGAGGGUCAGUCAAAGUGUCGCGUGGAGAGAAGCCAAGCUUUGGAGCAAGCCCGGAGACCCCAAGAGUCCAUGUUUGUUCCAGAGUGCAACGAGGAUGGCUCCUUUGCACAGGUACAGUGUCACACGUUGACGGGCUACUGCUGGUGCGUCACUACCGACGGAAAGCCAGUGAGCGGUUCCUCGGUGCACAACAGAACUCCCGUGUGUUCAGGAAGCUUCCAUGAGUUUUUGGGAAGUCACGCUGGGACGAGCGCAUUGACAGGAUCCGUGACCGACAGACCGCCCGGGCCGGCAAACUCCGGUCGAAAAGUCUCUUUCCGUUUCUUUCUCACCCUCAAUCCAGACGACGGCUCCAAGCCGACGCCCACCAUGGAGACCCUCGUCCCGGCCGAAGGCGAUGAGAUAACCGCCCCCACGCUUUGGAUCAAGCAGUUGAUCUACAAGGAGAACAAGCAGAACAGCUCCUCAUCCAGGAAGCAAGAGAAAGUUCCCUCUUGCGACCAGGAGCGACAGAGCGCUCUGGACGAGGCCCGGCAGAACCCCCGCGAGGCCGUCUUCAUCCCCGACUGCGGGCCCGGCGGCCUCUACAAGGCCGUCCAGUGCCACCAGUCCACCGGCUACUGCUGGUGCGUGCUGGUCGACACCGGACGCCCCAUUCCGGGAACCUCCACCAGGUACCAGACGCCAGAAUGCGACAGCGCCGCGCGUUCUCGCAGCUCCGACGCCGAAGAUCUGUUCCAGGGCCGAGACCUGACAGGUUGCCCCGAAGGAAAAAAAGUGGAAUUCAUUACCAGCCUGUUAGACGCCCUGACCACAGACAUGGUUCAAGCCAUAAACUCGCCAGCCCCCUCCAGUGGUGGGAGGUUUGUGGAGCCGGACCCCAGCCACACGCUGGAGGAGCGAGUGGUGCACUGGUACUUUGCUCAGCUGGACGCCAACGGCAGCCAGGAGGUGGGCAAGAAGGAGCUCAAGCCCUUCAAGAGGUACCUGAAGAAGAAGGCCAAGCCCAAGAAGUGCGCCCGCAAGUUCACCGACUACUGUGACCUGAACAAGGAUAAGGCCAUCUCGCUGCACGAGCUCAAGGGCUGCCUCGGAGUCGCCAAGGACGGUGGUUCCACAGCAAGCAGCAACUACGGGACAAGGCAAGGGACAAAUGUGUUCAUAGGUCGUCUAGUGUGAGAGGAGAACGUUCCAGGAGCCGAGACGAGAGCAGAGGGCACAGAAGGAAGGCAUCAACGCGCUCGCUCGACGGCGAAAAAAAGAAAGUCGGAUCGGAGAGAAAAUAACUUCCUGGCCUGUUACGUACAGACACACACACACACGCACGCACAGGCUCGCGCAAAACAGAAGAAAACAAAGCAGCGCCAAAAUAUUUGCACUUUCUCCUCCCUUUGUUCGACGUGUUUGCCUUUUUUUUGGAUUGUUUGCGGUUUUUAAGUGAGUGAAAAGGUGUUUCUCUAAGAAUGAGAAUAGAAAUUGUCACCUGUGCAUAAAGUUAGCAGGCUAAAAUGCACAUUGCUCUCAACAAGGGGCGGGCAUCGAUGAAUUGAUCGUCCGCCGAUUGUGCAGAAUCGCGGGGGGUGGGCGUUGAGUUCCGAACAUUCCGACUUCAAAUUUCUCCAAAUGUCAUGGAUUGCCCAUCCCUACUACAAUAGCAACGGCUAUUGUUGUACAUAUGAACGUGCGCAACGAAUUAGAAUGAAACUGUGACUGCCGAAGUUGAAUUCAUCAGCACGGAAUUUUAGCUGUAUGGAUCCCCUUGCACUGUAAAGAGGGUUGCGACAUUUCUGGAAACUUUUCCGUACAUGGGAAAUUAAGAUGGGGAAUUUGACAUAAAUCUGAGAAUAUUUCCACAUUUGAAUUUGAAGUUAAACAAGGUCUCAAAUCGAUUGUGAUAAUCGAUGAAUUUUUUUACUAAUUAUUGCAGCUCUUGUCAAGCUUAUCAUCAAAUAUAUUUUCUCCAAAUAGAUCUAAAAACUUAAAUGAUUCCUUCCAUUAAUUCCCACGGAAAGUUCACAACUUUAAAAAUUGCCGAAUUUUUGCAACACUAACUGUAAGCAACUUUUCUAGAAACAUUAGUGGCAGUGUGAUUACCUGACGGGGCGGAGUUUGCACGGAGUAACGAUUCACUUGGCCUUUGGGCUGAUUUUUUUUCGCUGGGUUACUUCGCGACGUUAGUCUGUGCUACUCGUCGCUCAAGUGCGAACCAACAUUUGCGCCAAUUUUGUCUGCACUCCAUGCUUGAAGAUGCGUUUUUUUUUUUGCUAACUUUUGAUGAAAAUUCAAGUUUGUGCCAACCUAAAAUAAUAACAAUAAAAAAAAUCAUACAUA